CACUCUCACUCUUUUCUCAGUCUCUGGUCGAAGCUUGUCAAAGCUGUGAAGCCGUGAUAAGCAAUUUUGCAGGUUUUGUAUUGCAACGCAAAAGCAAAUGCAAAAAUGGAGUGUUUAAUCGGUAUUCAUUGUAAAGAUUUUGUGCUCAUCGCAGCCGAUAUGACAACCACACAGUCUAUUAUAGUUAUGAAAAGCGAUGAACAUAAGAUUCACAAGAUUUCGAACAAGCUUGUCAUGGCAGUAUCUGGAGAAUCAGGUGACACAACACAAUUUUCAGAAUAUAUUGGAAAGAAUAUUCAACUUUACAAGAUGCGAAAUGGCUACGAAUUGUCUCCCAAAGCCGCAGCUUGCUUUACAAGAAGAAAUCUAGCUGAUUAUCUUAGAAGCAGGACUCCUUAUUAUGUUAAUAUGUUACUUGCUGGUUAUGAUGACAAUACUAAUUCGUGUGAAUUGUAUUUUAUCGAUUACUUAGCAUCCUGUGUAAAGGUGCCUUAUGCAGCUCAUGGAUAUGGUGGGAUGUUCUCUAUGUCUGUCCUAGAUAGAUAUCACAAAUAUGAUUGCACUGAACAGGAAGGGUAUGCGUUAUUGAAGAAAUGUGUGCAAGAAAUUCAAAAACGAUUAAUUGUCAAUUUACCUAAUUUCAAAGUUCAAAAAAUAUCCAAGGAUGGAAUUCAAGAUUUACAGCCAAUUACAGCUGAAAAUUUAGCUUUGGAAAGUGGUGCCAGAGAUCUUCAUACUUCUUAAGUGUUUAUAUAUUUUUGGUGUAACAAGAACUUUUCUCUAUAGAAAUAAAAGAUAUAUAAUGUAUAAUAAUAUAUUUAUUAUUAUGACAUUCACACAUUUUUUUCCCCUUGUUUCUAAGUUAGAAAAGUAACUGGUGCUUUUUAUUUUAACACUUUGUAUGCAAGUGUAAAGAAAAAAACUGUAUUUAUUUCAAUAAUAUAUGAUACAAAACUAGUGUAUUAUAUUCACUGUAUUAGAAUAAUACAAUUGUGAGUUCAAGUAACAGUUUUAUUUUUUACUGAAAAAAUGUGUAGCAGGAUCUUUUUUUACAAAUGAAUGUUUUUCUCUAAUUACAAGAUUAUUAUUAUUACUAUUAACAAUAAUAAUCUUUAAUUGUGAGUAAUAUUGUAAGUACCGAAAAAGUUUUAUUUUUUCGAAGUCACAAAUUUUUUCAAAUUUUGUAACUUAAAAAUAAAUUACGCAAUAGAUUCUUAUUGUAUAUAUACAAUCACGUUUCAUAAAUAGACGGUUUCUAUUUAUCAUAACUAUUAGUGUUACACUGCAUUUUUUUACAAAUAAAUAAAGAUAUAGUAGCAUUUUUUAAAUAUAUUUCUUUAUAUGAUUGCGUGUUUAUAUAUAAUUCUUUUUUCUUAUAUGUGUAAUAACAGUGUCCGAAAUUACGUUGCGCAUAAAAAAAAAACAAUUAUAUUUACGAUUAUCACUCACAUAUGGUGGUAGAAGAAAAAAUACUGGACUACUUAAAUCAGUAAAACUAUAUGUAAUUGUUGAACUGAGAUUUCAUACUAGAAGAUACAUAGAAAUAUUAAUUGCAAAACUCAGGUAGACUUUCAUGUGGCAGUCUUGUAAAUAUACGCGAAAUAUAUAAAUCAACAAGUUGGAAGUAUCUUGAUUCUAUUCUACGCUUUAAAACAACAAAAACUAUGCUUUAUUAUGCUUUGUGCUCUUCGUCUUUCAGAUGACGAAGUCAUUUCGUUCCAUAUCUCAGAACAUAGUCCAUCAAUACCAUACCAUGAGUGAUAAGAAUUUUUUCUACCGAUUCGGCAAAUAAAACAGUGUUUUUUAUUAACAUUAUUUUGUAAUGUUUAACCGUAUUUCCGUUUUAUGAUCAAAAAAGAUCUGAAAAACGCUAAUUAUUGUGAAUUAUAUCAUUGGAAUAUAAUAUAUUGUAGAUCUUGUAAUGUAAAUUCAUGUGCAUGCAAGACAGUUACGGAUAAUUGCGCUUUUACAUGAGUGACGUCUUGAGCAUGAACCAUGAACUAUUAUCCUUUUUUUUUGUUUCGCAAGAUAAACUCGAAAGACAGUUGUAAUAAGAAUUGUUCUUCAUCGCAUUCGUCGCGUUAAAUAAGAAUACUAUUUAUCCUUCUUAUUUUCUACUCGUGCUUGCUCCGAUUGUUGCGCCGCG